ACGGAUCAGCAGCCCGAGGAUCUCAACACCGCCGCAUGUCUCCGCAACAACUGCCGAGAGAGGCCAGGCCGCGUUUACACCCAAACUUAUCGGGAGAAGUGAAGGAAACAAAACCCAGAACCGGAACUGGACGGACCGUUACGCACCAUGCGAGUGCGCUGAUGAACGCGCUCGCCCGCUCGCUCGCGCGUGCACGGCACUGUUUCACGCGCACCUUCCCGGAGAAGAUGGAUUGUAAGAAAAAGUUAGAGGCGACUUGUGCCCCGCACUGAGCCCUUCCUUCCGUGGGGGAGAGAGAGGGGGAGGAGGGAGCGGGCCGCCGCGCGUCUCCAAAACUUUUCCAAACUCGCUUUCAUGGAGUUUCGCGUCCAGUCCGGAGCGGCUCGUUUGCGCGUUUCGAUGUCGGCGCCAGCUCUGCUGUAGUUUACGGGAAUCGGACUCCUGGCAAAAGAAAAAAAAAAAAAGUUUUCCCCGGAGAGAAAGAAAAGAGAAAAAAGAGUAAAGGAAGAGUGGAUCUGGGCAGGAGAACGGAGACGCACGGAAGACUGUGACGGAAAUCGAAGAGCAACAUGGAAACUUCAGCUCCAGCCGCCUCCGACAAGAAGGAGUGCAAAGCUUCCGGCCUGGAUGGAAGCAGCUUCUCCGAACUCCCGAAGAAGCCUUCGCCGACCACGCUGACCAGAGGCGCCCACCAUCUUUUCCCCACUUUUCACACGCCCAUCCCCAUCGACAUGAGGCACCACGAGGGGCGGUAUCACUACGACCCCCAUCCACUCCACAGCAUGCACGGACCUCCAGGACUGACGGGCAGCCCGGUCAUCUCGGAUAUUUCUCUGAUCCGCCUGUCGCCCCACGCCGCGGCCGGGACGGGCGAGUCGCCCUUCAGCCCUCCUCACCCUUACGUCAGCCCUCACAUGGAGCACUACCUGCGCUCGGUGCACGGCAGCCCCACCCUCUCCAUGAUCUCAGCCGCCCGAGGACUCAGCCCUGCAGAAGUGACUCAUGAACACCUGAAGGACCGGGCCUUGUUCAGUUUACCGCCGCCGCCGCCGGGGGCCAACCCCACCGAGUACUACCACCUGAUGACCAGCGCCAGCCAGAGAAGUCCCUACGGCGACCUCCUGAUGCAGAGCGGGGCGGCGGCAGCGGCGGCGGCGGCAGCAGCUGCAGCUCAUCUUCCAGAUUACAUCAGUCCGGUGGAUGUAUCCCGAUUUUCCAGCCCGAGGUUGACACCCCGGCUGAGCAGGAAGAGGGCGCUGUCCAUCUCGCCGCUGUCCGACGCCAGCAUUGACCUGCAGACGAUGAUCCGCACCUCGCCAAACUCCCUGGUGGCCUACAUAAACAACUCCCGCUCCAGCUCAGCCGCCAGCAGCUCCUAUGGACACCUGUCAGUGGGAGGAAUCAGCCCCACCUUCAGCUUCCCCCAUCCCAUCAACCCAGUGGCCUACCAGCAGCUGCUGUCCCAGCAGAGGGGUCUCAACGCCUUCGGACACACGUCCCCUCUCAUUCAGCCGUCGCCGUCCUCGUUCUCCGCCCGCCAGCACCCCCUCACGGCGACGCCGAUGUCCACCCACAACAGCUCCGCUUUGGAGGCCAACCAGAACUCUGGUGGAGAUCCAGCAGUGAGCAGCACAGUCAACCCGCUGACCACCAAGAGGUCAAAGGUUAAGACUGAAGGAGAGGGCCCGCUGCCCAUCUCACCAACCUCUCAGGACCAUGGCGGUGGGAUCUUGGACCUGAGUGAGGAUUUGGAUAAAGAUGAGUGCAAGCAGGAGCCCGAGGCCAUAUAUGAGACCAACUGCCACUGGGAGGGCUGUUCCAAGGAGUACGACACCCAGGACCAGCUUGUUCAUCACAUCAACAACGACCACAUCCACGGCGAGAAGAAAGAGUUCGUGUGCCGCUGGGAGGAGUGUUCCCGGGAGCAGAAGCCCUUCAAGGCCCAGUACAUGCUGGUGGUCCACAUGAGGCGGCACACCGGGGAGAAACCCCACAAAUGCACGUUUGAGGGCUGCUCCAAGGCGUACUCUCGCCUGGAGAACCUCAAGACCCACCUCAGGUCGCACACCGGGGAGAAGCCCUACGUGUGUGAGCAUGAAGGCUGCAACAAGGCGUUCUCCAACGCCUCAGACCGGGCAAAGCAUCAGAACCGGACACACUCUAAUGAGAAACCGUAUGUGUGUAAGAUCCCGGGUUGCACCAAGCGCUACACGGACCCGAGCUCUCUCAGGAAGCACGUCAAGACGGUCCACGGACCCGAAGCGCACGUCACCAAGAAGCAGCGAGGCGACGCUCCUCCGAGGCAGCAGCCGCCCAAAGGCAACGGGGAGAAUGACAUGAACGCCAAGCACGGCGCCAGAGGCGCGGACAGCAAGAUCGAGGCCAAUAGCACUUCUAGAGGAGUGGAGGACUGCCUGCAAGUCAAGUCUAUCAAGACUGAGAACUCUGUGACGUAUCAGUCCAGUCCUGGCGGCCACUCGUCAUGCAGCAGUGAGCCGUCGCCUCUCAGUGCCAACAACAACGACAGUGGGGUAGAAAUGGCCAUGCACAGCGGGGGCAGCUUCGGGGACCUCAGUGCGCAGGACGAGUGCCCCAUGGUGGACUCCACUGUUCCGGCCGGGGGACAUCAUGGUGGGGUGGGGCUUCAGCUGAGGAAAGCUGCAGGUCAUGGCGACGCUGUUACCAUCAAGCUUGAAAACAUCAAAAAAGAAAGGCUGAAGACAGUGAGGGACUCCUGCCCGUGGGGUAACUCUGCACCACAGCCACCGCAAGGCCAGCGCAACAGCAUGAAGCUGCCUCCCAUACCUGCAGUCGGUUCCCUGCUAGAGAACACAAACGUGAUGAGUAACUUAAGUGGGCCAUACCCCGGUCAGCGCAUCGGCGAUCUGUCUUCGUGUGAAGUAACACUCCUGAACCAGCUGAAUGAGCGACGCGACAGCACCACCAGCACCAUGAGCUCCGCCUACACACUGAGUCGGCGCUCCUCGGGCAUUUCACCAUGCUACUCCAGCCGUCGCUCCAGCGAGGCGUCACAGUUUGGUACCAACCGCCACAACAACAUCAGCUCAGCUGACUCCUACGACCCAAUCUCCACGGAUCUGUCUCGGCGCUCCAGUGAGGCCAGCCACUGUGGAGGCGGUGGUGUCGGUGGAGGGGGCGGAGGAGGUCUUCCAAGUCUUCUCAGUCUGACACCGGCUCAGCAUUAUCGGCUUAAGGCAAAGUAUGCUGCUGCCAUAGGGGGCGCUCCUCCAACUCCACUCCCAAACAUGGACAGAAUGAGCCUGAGGACACGCAUGGCGCUCUACAGUGACUCCCAGGAGGGCUUAUCCCACCAGUUCCAUCAGCAGCCUCUGGGAACUGUGCCAAGACGGUGCAGUGAUACUGGCUAUGGCACACAGAGCAUGAUGCCCCAUGAGGUACCCACCAGCCUUCCUCGCCGGGCCAGCGAUCCGGUGCGUCGUCCCACAUUGGACCCUCUCUCCUUCCCAAGGGUCCAGCGAUAUAACAGCAUGAGCAGCAUGAACCCCAUGAAUGCUCCAUCAGCUGCAGACCGCCACCAGAUGCUGGCUGCACAGGGCUACACUCGCUCUGAUGGAAGCUUGCAACGCUACCCAUUUGCCCCCAGACCACCGAGCAUUUCUGAGAAUGUGGCCAUGGAGAACAUGGCAGUGGAUGGAAUGAUGGCUGUGGGAGAGCCGAGUGGAGAGGAUGAUAUAGUGCUUCCAGAUGACAUGGUACAGUACCUCAGGUCACAGAAUUCCGGCCCCUCGGGUCCCAAUGUCAGUCAAGUUGACUUUAUUUCCAACAAUCAGACUCAGGGCUACCAGACAGGCAUGGCCCCGCCAGUGUCAUUCUACGCACAAAGGCGGAUGGCAAUGGUUGAUGCCACCAUGGGUCAGUCAGGGCAAGACAUGCAGUCCUGCCACAUCAGUACUCGUGGUUCCCAGCAGCCUUUCCCAGGACCACCAGACAGCAUUAAGAAGAAUAACAUGCCAGUGCAGUGGAAUGAGGUGAGUUCAGGGACAGUGGACUCCACAACCAAGCUCUCCAAACAGCAGCACAAUACUCUUCGAGGGAACCUUGCUGUUGUUCAGCAGAGGCAGAACUUUGGAUCUUUUCAGGUACAAGGCCAAGGCCCGAGCAACAACCAGCAGAUCGGGCCUAUGAGUCAGAACAUUUCUAUGCAGGGCUAUGCAAACCCCAGCAGCCGGACAAAUAUCUCCCUUCAGCAGCACCAACUACAAAAGCAGUGCAACAGUAUGAACUUCAGUGAGCAAAUGAGUCCCCAGCAAGGAUUUGGCCAAGAGGCAAUCCCAAAUUCUAUGUCUGGGAGCACAAGCAUGAGGCCGAUCCACAACAAUAUGGCUGAUGCAGAACUGCAACGUUACAGAGCAAGGACGCAGAUUGAUGGGUUUCCUCUUGUGAACCAAUUGGACCAACCGCCAAAUUACAGUGUUCUCUCUCAGCAACAACACAAUAUUCCAAUUGGAGGCAGAGGAAUGCUACAGCCCAGGCCUCCUCCAGAACCCAGGACCAAUGUCAGACAACACAAUGGCAUGUCACAGCUGAGCCGAGUGCCCAAGCUGUCAGAUGUGUACCCCACUCAUGGCAAUGACACAUCUGAAGCAAGCCCAAAGAGACCCAAUGGGGCAAUAGCCCAUAACACCAACUCGGAAAAUCAGAACUCUUCUGUAUUCUACACAGGUCAGAUUCAUAUGCUGGGGCCUUCUUCUGUCAACUUUGAUGAACCGAUGUCCCCAUGUGCCAGCCAGGUUCCAGCCAGCAACAACUCUGUAGCAGCCAACAUGGCGUCACCGGGAGUUAACCAGGUCUCCAGCAGCACAGUAGACUCCUCCACUGGAGGAGCAGGGGGUACUGAACAGGUCCAGAUUGACUUUGACACCAUGCUGGAUGAUGGGGACCACUCCAGCCUGAUGUCAGGCACUCUAAGUCCUGGUCUUCUACAGAGUCUCUCCCAGAGUUCCUCACGUCUUACCACACCCCGCAACUCCGUCACCCUUGCAUCCGUACCAGCAGGGAUUGGCAACAUGGCCAUUGGUGAUAUGAACUCCAUGCUCACAGCCUUGGCUGAGGAAAGCAAAUUCCUCAACAUGCUAAGCUGAGAGCAACUGAACACCUCAUCAUCCCUCCAUUCUUGCCAUGUCCAUCAGGAAUAAAAGGACUACACAAGAAAGCACUGAUUGUAAAAUGCAAAAAUGACUGUUUCAUGAACUUUGUCCUCAUUGUCCAUGGUGAUAUGCUUAUCUUGUAAUAUUUGCUUCAACUCAUAAUAUGUUUCAUUGAAAAGAUCAUAGAAGUAUAGCUAGGUUUAAGAACCAUUUUCUAUCAACAUUUGUUAAAAAAGCCAUACUUUUUAGCUACCAAUAUAUGAUAACCCAGGGUAUGUAAAUUCAUUAUUGCCAUUCAGUAUUGCUGGUGUAAAAGGCCUUUUACUAAGUGGUGCACUGACAGCAGUUCACAUGGUGCCUUGCUGACGACAUCAAGUUGACCAGGGAAUGGAUAUGAUAUGUAUUUGUCAGAUUAUGUUCCUGAUGAAAACCAUUAUGUGUGUUGAUUAUACUGAAUGGUACUCACUCUAAAAUAUGCCAUCGACUUCUGAUCCUCAAACCAGGGCUGCCAGAGGCCCAUUUAUCACAUAUCUAUAUUGAUCUCUUUCACCUAAUUAAAAAAAAAAUAGAAAAGUUAGGUGAUUAUUAAUUUUCUGAUUUUGUAACAAUAACAUUCAUUUUGAGCAAUAGCAAACUCAAGGACCUUUUACUUCUGACUCGUCAAACUAAUGUCACAAACCUUUUGAGAAUAAUGGAUUUUUUUUUCCAAACUCAGAAAGCUAAAUUUGAGAAGUUAUAGUUAUUUUAUCAGUUCAACAGCUCAGAAUCUCUGUAAAGUUGUAAAGUAAACACAUUGUUUAAAAAAGUGUUUCUGUCUUUUGAACUGAUCAUUUUAAGAACCAUGUGUGCUUCUUUUUUUUCAAUAUUGACAUACUCUUAUGCAUCUGCAUAAAGUUUAAAAGAAAAGUGACAGCAGUUGCUAAGAACAGAUGACAUGUGCUCUGUGACAAAUAAACCCUUCCGGUGUGUCAGCUUGAAAAAGUGAAGAAAGGGUGCACAGGAUUAUCUACCUGUCAGAUUCUAGUCCAACCUAAUAAUGCCACAGAUUAUAUCUUUACAAAUAAUAAUGAAAUAAUGAUUAUACAUUUUUGUACAUUUGUUACGUGCACAAAAUAUACACAAUUUUAGGAAAGACAAAUUACUGUAAGCAGUGAACACAAGAGGUCAGAGAGUUUAUGUGCUCCUACUCUGGAUAAUUUAAAUAUUGGCCUCACAGCUGGUGUUAAUGGGUGAACAGUGCAGUUCCAUUCUGUUUAAAAAUAAGAGUUUGUCCCAGAAGAAUCGAAACCGUAUUUCAGUUUAAAACCAGCAAUGUGAAAACAGUCUCAAUUUAGCAAACCUUUGUUUCCUGUGACUGUACAAUGUUUAGAUCCACGGACAUUAUGUGCUUUUUUGAUCGUGGUCUGAGCUCUUGGGAAUGGCACUGAAAAAACAGAUUUCUUGCUUUGCCCUUUGGAUCAGAGACAUUAAUUCUCAGCGGCCUCAUCUUGCAAGGCUAAAUGAUUGAGAAGGACAAGAAUAUGCUUCUGUGUUCAUCCACCCAGGCACACAAACCCCCGUGUGUCUGAUGAGGAGCAUUCUCUAAAAGAAUAUACAAGUACCUCUGUGCGUUCUCGGUAGAGAUCCAGCCCUAAUUAACACAUUCAUACAUCCUUCCUCGUUGCAUCCCUAUCUCCCCCUAGGCUCCGGAUGAACUGCAGAGUCCAGGAAGGGACACACAGACUCGGAUAGUGAAAUCCUGUUUGGGGCAGGAUUGGACAAACCAAGUCUGCGACUUCCUCAGUUUUAUUAUAUUUGCUGACUUUUUAAAUAUCCUUUCAAAAGUUUGCGUGUAUGCUACUAUCCACUCUUACUAUGCUUGGUGUGUGUGGGGUUUGUGUGUAUCUGUGUGUGUGUGAGUGUUUGUGUACAUAGUUUUUGUACAUU